AUGCUUUCAGUAUCCAUCUUACUGCUCCUAUUGAUUGCUGUUGAUCGUUGGCUUAUUGUGUGUUUUGUGCCCAGCGUGCGAAUUCCACGUCCUACUUUGUUCUUCUUUGUCACUCUCUGCUACAUAUUUGGAUUGGGUUGGGCAAUUCCCAUGGGAUUGCGCCAUGGAGUCCCUUCGCGGUUUGAGCUAAGCGCUGUGGACCAGUUGAUCAGACUGACACCGAGUGGAAACCAAAACCUCUCAGAACCAGUUCCAACAACAGUGAUCGACGGAGCCAAUCGGACCAGGAUUGAUCACGUUCCACCCAGAUAUGUUGCCAGUCUGCAUGAAGAUGGCAGUCUACUGAAAGCACUGAUGAAUUUCGGUACCUGUCAAGUCGACGAUCGCUUUAUUUUUCGCGCAAGCUAUCGUGAUUAUCAAAUGGCAGUUUUGAUAUUUUUCACUGUCGUUUUCACUCUGAUUUGUUUUAUCUACGGAUCCAUAUUUUCGUUUGUUUGGUGGCAUCAGCGCCGUUGGAGAUCCAAAUUUACUGGACGGCAAAAACAAGACACUCGAGAAGUUACACGAAGUAACUUGCGCCUUUCGAGCAUUCAGGAAUAUGAAUCAGGCACUUGUCACACGUUUCAAACGACCCCACGUUGUCCCGACAACGAUCAGCUAAAUAACUCAUUUUCGCUGAAACCCAAUGUAUGUACGUGUCGUGAACGCAAUAUUCCUCUUCAAGAACUGUUACAGAUCCCCUACCCGAAUUCGCAAAGACCGUCUAGAUGUGCUUCCCAUAAAGACCAGUGUGAGACACUUUCGCCGGAAAACGGUAAAAGCAUCGACCCAGACAGUGAAAUUAACCAACCCAAGGAAGGUCAAUUUAUUGCAUCACGUGAGCUCGGUCCACAAGCCCUCCACGAGAAUCUAUCAUCAACACACAUGGCAAACAAGACAAGCACUCAUAAAGCAUGUUGGACGGAAAGGAAACACAAAUUACGGGACAGUGUGCGCAAUCGACAGAACAAAAAUCGCCAAAUGAAAUUCGCCAAUCGACAUUUACGUACUGCAAUCAUGUUCAUCCUGAUCACCGUCACAUUUCUUGUGUCUUAUUUGCCCAGUCUACUAAUCUCGAACGGUUUGAUAUGGCAAGUAGAAUGGGAAACCCUAAAUGGCAUGGAAACAGGUUUAUUGACCAUUUCUGGUCAGGCCGCUUAUCCACGAAUCAUUCCUUCGUGCUUCAUGCAGAUCUAUAAGGAAUGGCUACCCAAUCUGUGUUUCAUCCGAAACCCAAUCGAUCGAACAGUGCGUGAGAUUUGA